UUUUCACAGAAACUGCGCUGAAGAAAAAAAGGGUUGAGGAAAAUCCCAUCAUCUGUGGCAACUCCCACUGAGGAGAAACAGCGGUACCCAGAGAGUAAAAUCAGUUGGUGUUGAGGAUGGAAGAGGUUUUAGGGCAGAAGAGGGUUGAAGAUGUGAGCUGGCUCUGCUCCCUCUCUGAGUCUGAACUUGACAUGUUGAUUAGCAUAAAAAGGAUUGUUCUUCAACGUGCAAGAAUGAUUGGGUGCGAUGAACUUGCCCAAAAGUUUGAUCUCAAGGUGAUUCGAGCUCUUGCAUUUGUUCUGAUGGAAUGUGUCAAAGAUAAGGUAAAUAAUUUGUCACCGCCCGAGUCUGCUGCAUUUAUGGGAAGUUGCAAUCUGUUAAAACAUAACCUUGGUGAUAUUAUGAGUCUUGAAGAGAUAAUGGCAUGUAUCGGUAUUGAUUCGAGAAAGGGUCCAAUAAAAAGAAUCGUUUUACCUGCCAAGAAGACAUGCAAUGGUUUUGAAAGGUCAAUCAUGUGUUGUAGAAGACCGCACAAAGAAACUACACGAAACCAAAAGAAACGGAAAACUGAAGCCAGUGAAUCAUGAGACCAGGAACUGCAGAGGCCGAGAAGAACAUUCACGUGUUUGAGACACCAGUGAGUUUCGAGUGCGCUGCUUUUGGAAAUAGGUCUCAAAUGUAUUGCUGUACUCGAACAGAUCGAACACGAGCGGAAUUCAUCUCCUUUUGUUCUAUAACAUGUGUAUGAACUAUGAAGGCCAAGGUCUAAAUUCCUUGGAAUUUUGUACAUAAUUCUGGAAAUAUUAGUGCAAGGUUUCAUUAUAAUUAAUUUAGUCCUGUUUCUACUUGCCAUUAUUUAUGUUAAAAGAAUAGCUGUUAUAUUUUAAA